CUGGUAAAAUCUUGUUACUUUCGCGAUUUUCGAAGGAACCAGCCCUCACUCAACCUCAACCAGAAAAAAUUGCACCAUGGCGAACACACCCCUCAUAAUCACACAGGAACCCUUCAUCCCUCUCAACUCCCUAGUCCUUAUCACCGGCGUCAACGGCCUAAUCGCCAGCCACAUAGUCGACCAGCUCCUCUCAGCCGGCUACCGCGUCCGAGGCACCGUGCGUAACAAAGCUCGAUGCGCCUGGGUCGAGCCCUUCUUCACCACCCGCUACGGCGUCAACCGCAUCGAAGUCAUUGAAGUCCCCAACAUCACCGCCCCCGGCAUCUGGAACGCUCACGUCGCCGGCGUCUCCGCCGUCAUCACCGUAGCCGGGGUCGCCUGGCUCGACGACAGAGACGUGCCAAAAGCCGUCAACGAAGAACUCAAGUGUCUCUACGGUCUUCUCGACGCCGCCAAGAUGCACUCCAACACUGUCCAGGCGUUCAUCUACACCAGCUCUUCCUGGGCGGCUUAUACGCCCAAGGUCGGGAUUCGCAGGACUCUGACGGAGGAGUCAUGGAAUCACGAGGCGGUGGCGUUGGCUGAAGAUUCGGGCAUCCCUGAUGCGGAAAAGGGCCUCGCUCCGUUCAUGGCCAUCAAAGUCAAAGUUGAGGAGGCGCUGUGGGAUUGGGUUGCGAGGGAGAAGCCGACGUUUACUUUCAACGCGAUGCUCAUUUCCACCGUCACUGGGCCCAUCCUUGAUCCCGACAAUCAGUCAGCCAGCACAGCCGGGCUGGUUAGGGCUUUAUACAAUGGGAAACCGAAGGAAGCACUCGAUGUAAUUCCUACUUUCGGUCCGCAGUCGUCCAUUGAUGCUCGAGACGCAGGUCGGCUGUAUCUUGGCGUGCUGGUGUCGGGACUAACUGGAUCAAGGGUUUAUGGGUCUGCGGAGCAGUUCAGUUGGAACCAAACUCUGGACAUUCUCAAGGAGUUGUAUCCUAAAAAGAAGGACUGGGUGAAAUUGCCGAGUUCAAAUCAAAUUGAUGAAACGGAAAUUCCUGUGGACAUCCCCUUCUCGUUGUUGCGUACUGUCGGACAGGAGGGAUGGACGGGCUUGAAGGAGAGCAUCAAAGACGCGGCGGAGAGUUUUGCUCCGACUGGACAGUGCUGA